AUGUAUGAGAAUUCAAGAUACUCCGUGUCUUUGCCAACACAUGAAGAGAGGAUUCACAACUUUGAAGUGCAGAGGAAACAGGAGUAUACUCUUGGGGAAUUGGCAGAUACUGCCAAGAGGAUGGAACGGAACAUUGAGCUCGUUAGGCCCAGAGUACCACUUAACACCAAAACAUCCCCAGCAACCAACCAGGCACCUGGCCCAGAGGAAAAGGGGAAAGACGGCAGUGCCAAGAAGGCCGAGGAGGAGGUGGACAUCGACCUAACGGCUCCGGAGACAGAGAAGGCCGCCCUGGCCAUUCAGGGCAAGUUCCGGCGGUUCCAGAAGAGGAAAAAGGACCCCAGCUCCUGAAGAGCCAGCCUUCCUCUCCCGCUGGCCUCCCCCCGCUCCACAGCUGAUUCCCACAUACCUUUGUCUCUCUGUCCCUCUAGCCUCUCAUUAAGGCAAGUUCAACCCUUACAUGCUAUUUUCUGUGACCCCCCUCAAACUAUCACAGCAGUAGAGGCACAAGAAAUACAGGGAAGAUGAAUAAUUCAUUUGGCAGCCACUUACCUGAGGAUGGACCAGCUUCUCCUUGGGAUAAGCCUCCUUGACCAGUACCUCUGUCCCAUGAGGUUGAAGUAGAAGAGGCUCUGAGGCUGAGGGGGGACCUGGACAAUGUGGAAGGGAGGGGAAAGGCUUCAGAGUAGGGUGCCUGAGGGUGGGGCAUGUGCACUGUCUGCCUGUGGUUACUAUAGUCACACUUCAGGUAACAUUUCCCCCUCACAUCCUCUGUACCACCACCUCCACUUCCCUGCUAUGUGCUGAGCCCCAGUUGGGGACGAGCCCCUCCCCCCAGGGCACACCUACAUCAAGCAGCUUCCACACCAGUGCAUGCUGAGUAGAUGAGUUGCAAGGACGGCAGUGGAACUGGAGUAGCAAGGAGUUUCCUUCACCAUCUAGGCUGGGGGCACCCAAGGGGCAGAGGCAGGGAGAUGGGAACUUGGGUAGAUUUGGGGUGGAAAGACAAGUGAAGUGAGGGGAUCUCUAAGGACACAGGUUACCACCAGUGAAAGUAUGCCCUGUGAAAGAUUCCUGGGUGACUUGAACCCCCACGUCGAGCCCUCCCCAGAGGCCAUAUAGACCAAGUGGCCCCUGUAGCUCCCUCCUGCCCCAGUGUGGAGUCAGGACAGAAAUGGAACAUCCACUCUGUGAUUUUAGCAUGUUUCAUAAUUAUAUAAAAAAAUAACAAAAACCCUCAAGUGGGGUCAUUUAACCUUUACAGAGGAGUGUGAAUGUUGGCCAGAGCUGGCCUGGGGGUGGGAGGUUGCUGUGGUGACACCAGGAACAGGUGCCUGAGUAUUUCAGCAUUGAAGCCCACCCUUCCCUGCCUCCCUGACCUUGACCUCACCUUGCUUCACCACCCACACUGUCUUAUCUGCGCCUCACCACUGCUGGGCACCUGUGGGCUCCCUCCCUUCCCUCCUCCUCCAGCUGAGAGCACCCCAGUCUUCUUACUCUCUGUCCCCACAUGAGCUGUCCCUGAUGGUUUGUGUGUCCCCCCCCCCCACUCACCUGUUUAUCAAAUGUACUGGAAGAAGAUGACUGGGUCACACUGAAGACUUUAAACCAUGAAUUAAAUAAAAUGAUGGCUUUUGAGUGAGUUUA